AUGACGUCAAAGUAUUCAAACCCGAAGAAGAUCUACCUGGUCGAGCAGCGCAAGAAUCACGAGCUGAACCUCGAGCACAUCGAUGAAGAGAUGCGAAUGGAGCAGGUCCGUCAACUGGCGUCCAAACUGGAAUGGAGCGCACUUUCGCAACAAGUUCGACGCAAUUUGCUAGUGAGAUACUUCCCAAUUGACCAGAUGUUCAUGAAUCUUUCAGGAGAAACGGAAUACUCUGGAUGCCGACGCCAGAAUUGAUUUGUUGAAGGGAAUCGCGUUCAUGAAGACCAAAAUGCCAAUUGAUCCGGCUCUGCGCCCACAAGAACGCUUCAGAAUCAUGGCUGAAAGUCUUGCGUUAGUUUUUAUCUUAAAAACACAGAAAAUAACUGGAAAAUCGAUUAUUUCAGGUGCACACAAAAGGAGACGUCUCGUGGCUGGCUUCUUGAAAAUCCGGAGGUUACGUUGGACUUUACGAUGCAUGAGGAUAAUGUGACCGGAGUGAAACUCAGUUUCUGGAAUGAACCGGCCUACAUCUCGCUGGAAGCCAAACACAUGCUCGAGCACGGCGAGUACACCGAGUUCCGCAACAUGAUCUCCCGUUUGCUGGCAACUUACGCUAAGGACAUUGUUGGGUAGGCUGUAGUAUUCCAUUUUCAGCUCAUAACCUCUGUUUUUCAGUUCCGAGCGUACGCUGUGCAAAACUGCGAUGAAAAUGCUCGAGGUGCUCCUUUAUAAGUACUCCGCAGACACCAACUACAGUUCAGUGAACGGCACGAACUACGGAUACUAUCUGAGACGUGGAGAACUCAAAGCCGGGCGUCUGUACUAUCUCGUUAAGCCGCUCUACAAGAAAGCAAGCGCGAAACUCCGUAAAUUUCACCUCGACAAGACGGACCACGACGAACUGCCUUAUUUUGAGUUCUCCUUCGUCAAAAACGAUGGACCUUGCAAGCUUCCGGAAUACAUCGAGGGUGAUAUGUAAGUGAAACACACAGGUCUAGGCAACGAAUGUCUUUGUGUUUUCAGUGAAGAUUGGAGUAAGGAAACGGAGGCCGACGUGGCAGUCUGUCUGAAGCUGUCCAAAGGAGUUUUGAUGAGCGAGGCCACGAGAAAGAAACUCGGAGCAAUCAGCGCCAAGACGGCGACAAUCCGCCAUUACACCAAUUGCUACCGUUUCAUGACCGGAGAGGUCAAAAUCAAGGAGGACAUGAGAAUGAUCACGCAGUUCCCGGAUGGAGCCCAGCACAUGUACACAAUUGAUCACGCGUCGUUCCGGAAUGACGACGACACAGUCAUCACUGAGAUUUUCCUGAAUAACUUGCAAGAUUUCCACGAGGUAACCGAAAAAUCCAGUCAUUCUUGAAAUAUAUUCGCUAUUUUCCAGGUUAUUGCACUCCUCCGCAACGAGUGCAUGCACAUGAGUCUCUGGGAGUCGAUCAUGGCCAUGUGCUACGAGAAACAGGGCAUUGCAGAGCACAAAGUCUCGGCGAUCGAUAUGCACGUUUUCCUAAGCAGAGAAUCGAUUGUGAUCUCAUUCAACACUAUUUACGCGCCAAUCAAAAGUGAGCUCUAUUCUGAUAAUGCAAACCCAUGUUUGUAUUCAGUGUACAUCAGCGACAGCGGAGUUCUGGAGUUCAAGGUGCAAGUGGUGAACGGAUUCACUGGACAGCAGAUUGCCGCACGCAUUGACGAAACGUUGAGCCGCAAACUCAAUGAGUACGUUUGCAACGAAACGUGAAAUUCUCGAUAAUUUGCUUAAAAGUGGUUGAGACACCCAUUUUUAGCAACUGCAUUGAACUUUUAGAGACUGUGCCGCACGCUUUUUGUUUAAAAAACCGCUUUUUUCAGGACUUGGAACAUUCCGGUGAUGCUGACGUACGCGGUGUCCGGUGAGGACUGCAAUCUCUCGCAGAUCAAGGUUCCGCUGCGCAAGGAGAAUCCGGAGACCCGUGCACGCACCCCGCCACCGCCAAUCAAGAGAAGACCUCGCAAAUGA